UUGGCUCGAACCGGAAGUUCCAAUAGUUCGUUUCUCCUUGCGAGCUAAAAUGGGUCAACCGCUGUCAGUAAUUUCCAAGUAAGGUUACAUGGCAGCCCCAUUAAAGUAACUAAGUAAUACGUUUAAAACUACCAAGCCGUCUGAAAGAGGACGGAGACAUGAAACGCGAUGUUAGGAUACUCCUUCUGGGAGAACCCAAGGUGGGGAAGACUUCUCUCAUCAUGACCCUGGUGGGGGAGGAGUUUCCUGAACAGGUGCCACUGCGCGCUGAGGAGAUCACCAUACCCGCGGACGUCACGCCCGAGAAGGUGCCCACUCACAUAGUGGACUACUCAGCAGAGACCGAACAGACUGACGAGGUGCUGAGAGAAGAGAUUGUUAAGGCCAACGUCGUGUGUGUGGUGUAUGAUGUCACCCAAGAGGAAACCAUUGACAAGAUCAGAACUAAAUGGAUUCCACUGGUGAAUGGGGGAGCGGAAAAGGGGAAAAAAGUUCCCAUAAUCCUCGUGGGGAACAAGUCCGACCUGCGAUCAGGCAGCUCCAUGGAAACCAUCCUGCCAAUCAUGAAUCAGUUCUCGGAGAUAGAGACGUGCGUCGAGUGCUCAGCAAAGAACCUGAAGAACAUCUCCGAGCUGUUCUACUACGCCCAGAAAGCAGUUCUGCACCCGACCGCUCCCCUAUAUGAUCCUGAGGACAAACAGCUGAAGCCGCUGUGUGUUCGUGCCCUGAGUCGGAUUUUCAGCGUCUCGGAUCAGGACAACGACCGGCUUCUGAGUGAUACAGAACUGAACACUUUCCAGAAAUCAUGCUUUGGGAAUCCUCUAGCCCCUCAGGCACUGGAGGACGUGAAAACAGUCGUCUGGAAAAACACCAGCGAUGGGGUUCUAGACAACGGCCUCACACUCAACGGUUUCCUGUUCCUAAACACACUCUUCAUCCAGAGGGGCCGGCACGAGACCACAUGGACCAUCCUGCGUCGCUUCGGCUAUGACGACACACUCGAUCUCACAGACGACUACCUCUACCCACAGUUGAGGGUUCCAAUGGGCUGCUCCACAGAGCUCAACCACCUGGGCCACCAGUUCCUGCAGAAGAUCUUUGACAAGUAUGACGAGGACAGGGACUGCGCUCUCUCUCCGGCCGAGAUGAAGAAUCUCUUUAGCGUGUUUCCCUACAUGCCCUGGGGGAAUGAGGCCUACUCGUCGGUCAAGACCAACGACAACAACCACAUCUCACUACAGGCCUUCCUCUGCCAGUGGAUGCUGUGGGCGUAUGUGGAUGCCCAGCGGUGUAUGGAGUACCUGGGUUACCUAGGUUACCCCAUCCUCACGGAGCAAGAGUCCCAGACUACAGCCAUCACAGUGAGCAGAGAGAAAGCCCUGGACCUGGAGAAGGGUCAGACGCAGCGCUCGGUGUUCCUCUGUAAGGUGAUUGGUCCAAAGGGGACAGGAAAGAGCAGCUUCCUGCAGGCCUUCCUCGAGCGGAACCUUGUGAGACCAGACCUUUCCUCAGCCGCCCCCUCGCCCUACGCCAUCAACUCCGUUCAGGUCAACAAUCAGGAGAAACACCUCAUUCUGUUUGAGGUGGACGUUGAGGCAGAGUUCCUGAAGGCGUCAGACGCAGGCUGUGAUGUUGCUUGCCUCAUGUAUGACACCACAGAUCCUCAGUCCUUCAGCUACUGUGCCAGCAUCUACAAGCAACACUACAUGGACAGUGGUGUUCCCUGUGUGCUGGUCAGCAGUAAGGCGGACGAGGCUGAGGUGGCCCAGCAGUACGGCAUGACGCCCGCCGAGUUCUGCUACAAGCACCGCCUGCCCCCGCCGAUGCCCUUCUCCACACUCCACACCGGGACACGCAUCUACUCCAAGCUGGCCUGGGCCGCCAUGUACCCGCACCUAAAUGGUUCAGAGAUGAGCAGCACCUCCUUCUGGUUACGCGUGGCGCUCGGCACUGCCAUGGUUACCGUGCUCGGAUUCGCCCUCUACAGAUCCCUGAACCGCUCCAAAUAGUACCAUUUCUCUCCCCUCCUCUCGUUCUCUUCCUCUCUCUACAUCCUUUCUUCUCUCUUACUCAGUCUACAUUUCCUCUGGCUUUCCCCUCUUCCCUCUUUCUUUCUCUCUCUCUCUCUCCUCUUCUCUCUCACUUCAUCUCUCUCUCACUCUAUCUCUGCCUUACUGUGCUAAAACAAGGCUAAACGACGCGCUAAUGUCGCUGUAGUUAAGGUUGCCAUGGUUACCAUUGUGAGUACCGACAGCAUGGUUGGGACGGGCAUUUUCAACUUCUGUACUUCCUCUCAAACACAAACACUUACGCGCACACACACACACACACACACACACACACACACACACACACACACACACACACAGAGUUGACCAGCACCAACAAACCAAACUUUUCACCUCUGACAUGACCCUAAAACCCUUGUCCUCCGGACCGGACGAUGCCUUUGCCAAAACAAGACUGAGCUUAUCCACAUAUCCUCAACUGGAACAUUAGAUGUGUGUGUGGGAGAAACAUGUGUGAGUGUGUGUGUGUGUGUGUGUGUGUGCAAAUGCUUUUAUUUUGCCUGCAUCAGCAAAAUGGACAGUGGCUGAUUCCUUCCAAUGUGUAGACGGGGACCGGAUUCAUUUCACCAUACAGAAAGGUCAAAAUUUAUGGAGACCAAAUAAACGGCAAGACUGGAUAUGUACAUUUGUGUACUCUAUGUGUGUGUGAGGGUGUAUUUGUGCUGCUAUCAGGAUUGUGCCUUGAAAGUUAUGAAUGUGUUCUUAAUGAAGGUAUCUUUUUUAAGGUAGUGUUACCUUUUUGGAGAGAAAAAACUCAAUAUGAAACUACACUUUACUCUGCAGAGGCUCCUCCCAUUCAUUGAUUUGUGCAGUAGUUACUAAUCCUGUUUGUAAAAGGGAGGAGUUUUCUUUCAGGUGUCUUCCUCUCUUGAUCAUGAGUUGGGCACAUCUGAUAGAUCUUAGCAACGCCUGUAUUGUUCGUCAUAUCUGAUGAGUUCAACCAGUCAGUGCAGAGGUGAGAGGCCCGACCCUGAUAACAGCAACCUCUGGACCAGCACCUCCGCACCACAGCAGGGUCAGGGUCAGGUCCAGUCCGAAGUUCGCUGCUAUCUGUGGGGUCAGCGAAUUCUCAGUGACAUACUUCCUCCCACUAUACUUGCUGCAGAUCAUUAUUUUCAUCAAGAAAAAUAAACCGUUAACUUUUUAUUGUUAUCUAUCCAUUCCUGCUUUAGAUCAGUGUCUGACAUCUGCGUGGUCCCGGGUCUCAAAGGACGGCUACAGGGCAAUAGUGUCCUUGGUCAAUCCCCAUUCAGCUGUAAUCUCUGCAGAUUAUAAUCCCCUUUAAAGUGCCAUGCUCUACGCCUAUUGAUCUCUGACCGACGGGGCACUAAUGCCCCGAUGCUGAGAUUAGGGCGAGAUCAUCUGCAGAAUGGCCCUGGAUUGACCCUGUUUGCUGAGGGGCUUGGUUUAAGAAAUCAAGGUUAUCCUGGGUUAGAAAUCCAUUUGAAUGUGCAUCACAUGGUCUAGAUGUUCUUAUGCUGUCCGUAACUAUGUAACUGUAUGACAGAAUCAAUCAAUUAAUUUCUUUAUAAUAUGUAGGGAUUUUAACCUUUGACCGGCAUGUUUAGUCACUUGUUGACAUGCAUUGCAAUGUAUGCAAUUCAUGUUGCAUAAGAGGGAAUGGAAUCAAAACUAGACUUGGGUGAUACACACACACACACACACACCAUUCUACUGUACCUGUAUUCCCAUCAGUCAGAACCAAAGCCAUGGUUAAAUGCUGAAGAGAGCAACCAUGUUGCCUAUAUGUUGAGGUUUAUGUGGUUUGUUAUUAGUUUCAUGUAUUUAAUAGACAGUUUGCUUUUCAGCCUGCUAGACUUGUUCCAGCUUUUUAUGAAGAAUGUACAUUGUUAGAAAUACUUUGAAGUACUAGUCUAUAGGCUUCUUAUACAAUUCUAGCAGUAUACUGUAGGUCUAUGUCAGAGCAUUGAUCAAAUUGGAUUGAUGUUUUUUUCAGCAGAAUUGCAAGUGGUAACAUCGUUAGGAAACCCACCCUAAAUGACUACAAGGCGGGAACAAAUGAAUAAAGUGGAUUAAACACGUC